AUGGCGUAUUUCAAGUAUUCACCAAAGCCCUGUGCCCUUGAGGAGGUUACAUUGAAAGUGCACAUCAGCGACGCCAGCACCCACCAGCCCAUCGCGGAUGCGCUCAUCGAGAUCUUCACCAACCAGGUCUCCAUCGCCUCUGGCACGUCGGGGACAGAUGGCGUUGCCUUUGUUAAGUUCCAGUAUAAGCUGGGCAGUCAGUUGAUCGUCACCGCCACGAAGCAUGCCUACGUGCCAAACUCUGCCCCAUGGAGGCCAAUCCGAUUACCUGUAUUUUCUUCCCUGAGCCUCGGCCUUCUUCCAGAACGAUCUGCUACUCUAAUGGUGUAUGAAGAUGUUGUCCAAAUAGUAUCAGGUUUCCAAGGUGCCCGGCCGCAGCCACGCGUGCAUUUCCAGAGAAGGGCUCUGAGGCUGCCCGAGAACACCAGCUACAGUGAUCUGACUGCUUUUCUCACGGCCGCCGGCUCCCCCUCGGAGGUGGACAGUUUUCCUUAUUUGCGAGGAUUAGAUGGAAAUGGAACAGGAAAUGGCACCAGAUAUGACCUGACCCCGAUCACAGCCGUCAGCGUCCACUUGCUCAGUAGUAAUGGAACACCGGUGCUGGUCGAUGGUCCCAUCUAUGUUACUGUGCCCCUGGCCACACAGAGCAGUUUGAGGCACAAUGCCUAUGUCGCAGCGUGGCGGUUUGACCAGAAGCUGGGAACGUGGCUGAAGAGUGGUCUGGGCCUGGUGCACCAGGAGGGCAGCCAGCUCACGUGGACGUACAUCGCCCCCCAGCUGGGGUACUGGGUGGCAGCCAUGUCUCCUCCUAUCCCAGGUCCCGUUGUAACACAGGACAUUACCACGUAUCACACGGUGUUUCUUUUGGCCAUUUUAGGAGGAAUGGCUUUCAUACUUUUGGUUUUGCUGUGUCUCCUUUUAUAUUAUUGCAGGAGAAAAUGCUUGAAGCCUCGUCAGCACCAUAGAAAACUGCAGCUCCCUGCAGCCCUCGAGAGUUCCAAAAGAGACCAGUCAACUUCCAUGUCUCACAUCAACCUGCUGUUUUCUCGCCGGGCAUCAGAAUUCCCAGGCCCACUGUCCGUCACCAGCCACGGCCGCCCUGAGGCCCCAGGUACAAAGGAGCUGCUAAGUGGAGUCCAUUUAGAAAUGAUGUCUCCCAACGGAGAAGGUGAUCUGCACACCCCAAUGCUGAAGCUCUCCUACAGCACCUCGCAAGAAUUCAGCUCUCGGGAGGAGCUUCUCUCUCAUAAGGAGGAGGAUAAAAGCCAGAUCUCUUUUGACAACCUGACACCCAGUGGGACACUGGGGAAGGACUACCAUAAAUCCAUGGAGAUUUUUCCCUUAAAGGCAAGAAAGUCCCUGGAAAGAGAAGGCUACGAGUCCCCUGGCAAGGAUGACUACCGAGGUAGUUACAAUGCCAUGGUCUCACAGCCUUUAUUUGAAAAGCAGGACCGAGAGGGUCCAGCAGCCACAGGAAGUAAACUCACCAUUCAGGAACACAUGUACCCUGCGCCUUCAUCUCCUGAAAAAGAACAGCUGCUGGACCGCAGACCUACUGAAUGUAUGAUGUCGCGGUCAGUAGACCACCUGGAGAGACCCACCUCCUUCCCGCGGCCGGGCCAGUUGAUCUGCUGCAGUUCCGUGGACCAGGUCAACGACAGCGUUUACAGAAAGGUCUUGCCUGCCUUGGUCAUCCCCUAUGUCAGCCAACCUCUGGUUGUCCCAGCUGACCAGCAGCUUGACAUAGAAAGACUCCAGGCUGAGCUGUCCAACCCGCACGCAGGGAUCUUCCCACACCCGGCCUCGCAGAUCCAGCCCCAGCCCCUGUCCUCCCAGGCCAUCUCUCAGCAGCACUUGCAGGACGCGGGCACCCGGGAGUGGAGCCCUCAGAACGCGUCCAUGUCAGAGUCCCUCUCCAUCCCAGCGUCCCUGAACGACGCGGCUUUGGCUCAGAUGAACAGUGAGGUGCAGCUCCUGACAGAAAAGGCACUGAUGGAGCUUGGCGGGGGGAAGCCGCUUCCCCACCCCCGGGCAUGGUUUGUCUCCCUGGAUGGAAGGUCCAAUGCUCACGUUAGACAUUCCUACAUUGAUCUCCAAAGAGCUGGAAGGAACGGAAGUAAUGAUGCCAGUUUGGACUCUGGUGUGGAUAUGAAUGAACCAAAAUCUGCCCGGAAGGGAAGGGGAGACCCUUUGUCUCUGCCGCAGAACCACCCACCUGUGCAGGAGCACCAGCAGAAAGAGCCCCGAGCCUCAGACAGCACCGCCUACACGCAGCUCGUGUACCUCGACGACAUGGACCAGAGCGGCAGCGAGGGUGGCACCACGGUCUGCACCCCUGAGGACAGUGCCCUGCGCUGCUUAUUGGAAGGCUCCAGCCGGAGAAGUGGUGGCCAGCUGCCCAGCCUGCAAGAGGAGACGACCAAACGAACUGCAGACGUCCCCCCGGAGCCCUCAGCCAGUCCCCAACAGAGAAGAUCUGCCCAUGACGAAGAGGAAGAUGACGACGAUGACGACCAAGGAGAAGACAAGAAAAGCCCCUGGCAGAAACGGGAGGAGAGACCCCUGAUGGCAUUUAACAUUAAAUGAGCCGUCACAGAGCCACCCAACAGUGGAAUAUAAAAUUGCCAAAUAUCCUUUCUUGUGGAAGCACGUACCUGUCUGGAAGUCGAACAACGGCCACCGUGGGAAGUGGACGUUGAUUGCAUUACGUGGCUGUGCAAAUGUUGGAAAGGAAUUAAAGCUGUUACUCAGAAUAACAGAUGACUGGUGGGUGCCACCCUCCAGUGGGGUGGCUGAAAGCAGUGUCUGAAUGUUCUUCCACGGACUUGACGUGUCCCCUGGCAGGGACGCUGAAAAACCGCACGUGAUGUCGCUACGCUCUAAUGAUAACCUCAGUUCUCGCUCAGAUUCUGGGAACAGACGAAACUCUUUUUGCAUUGCUUGAAUCAACUGCAUCACGAUAAUGCUACGUGAAGCUGUCAUUGAGGAAUGAGGUUGGCACUGUGUCUCACCGUAUGCAUUAUCUCAAAGGAAAGCUAUGCAUCGCUGCUUCUUUGUCUUGUUUUGCUUAGAUUUUGCUUUGGGUAGGUUUCGUUUGGGGGUUUGCUUUUUUAAAAGAAAUACCCUUUGGUUGUAAAGAUUUUAUUCCUUCAUUUUAAUCAGUUCUACUUCUUGGUGGUUUAUUUCAGUGUCUCCCUUCAGGAAUUCCCGUGUCACCUCUUGACAUCCAAAUGUUUUUAAUGAAAUUGUACUGAAAUCGCUAUCAGCUAAGAGUCCUUCAGUUCUGGUCCCAUUAACUCCAAGUGCCUUUUUUACAGUGACAACAGACAGUCCCUCAGUUUUUUUGUUGUUCUUAACUCCUUUCAUUGAACUGCCUGGAUUUUAUAAAGUUAUUAAAUGAUACCCCUUUUCUUUAAACUGCAUGCUACCAAGUGCCAUUUGUGCUCAGUGUCCUCAUUUCAACGCAGUGUGCUCUCUAGUUACCAUGUGUCAUGUGGAUUCUGUUAGCUAAGAUAGACUAGAGGACACGUUAGAGAUGCCCUUCCCUGCUCCGUCCCUUUGGCCAGUAGCCACCAUUAUGGUUCUAUUGGCUGUUUGUAUAUACGGUUACGUAUUCACUCGGGAAUCCUAUGGGCCGAUCUCGCCCACCAAACAUGGGAGUAUGGACUGAGCAAGUGGACUGAAUGUGACUAUUAAGUCAAAUCUUACAUCCUAUCCAAAAGUGCCAGAAUGACUCUUCUGUGCAUUCUCUUUAAAGAGCUGCUUGGUUAUCCAAAAAUGAAAAUUCAAAAUAAACUCUGAAGAAAAAAAUAAUAAUAAAACUUUUUUGUUGUCAUUUU